UCGUUCUCUUUAUUAUUCGCGAAUCGUUUCUUCGUUCGAGCUUUCGUCGCUUUUCACUUCACGACAUUUCUCUUCACACGAUCAUUCGACGAUCGCUUUCAAUCGCUGUACAACGCUUGAUGCAAUCAUCGGUUUUCCCCAUUUCGAAUGUUAUAUGUGUACAUAUAUAUAACCGAUCGAGAGUGUGGUCCAUGAUAAUAAUACUCGUCGCACGUGGUACCGCAUGCGAUUGUCGAUAAUUUGUGCGUGUAAUAAUUUGUUCAGUGCUCGUUGCGUUUCGUCGAAUUCUUCGCACAGUGCGUGACUACGGAUUCGAUAAUUGAAAAGAUAUAAAAAAAAAGAAAGAAAGAAAAAAAUAGAGGCUGCGAAGAAGAUAACGUUGAUCGUGCGAUUACUGUGACUGGUUUUUUCUUUUCUUCCUGCUUUCCCUUUGGUUAUUUUUAUUUUCGUUUUUUCUUUGAACAAGUGAGAAAAAAAUCAAAAGACACCGAGCACUAAUAUCGGUACAGAAGCUAAACGCUACGCGUCACAAGAAUAAUCAAACACAAGGAUAAUCAGUUUUCACGUCGAUUUUAACAGAGAAUAAAAUUUACCGUCUUUCAAACGUUUCUCGGUAUGGAAUAACUGAUUCUAACGAUGAAAAUAUACGUCUAGGAUUAACAAAGCGCCGGAGUGUGAUUAUAUAAAUGAUAAUUGUACUCGCGUUUAAUAUAUUUGUGAAAUAAUUUUCAUGGCAGUGUGGCAUCGAGUGAUUUUUACCUCUUGCGUAUGUUGACGCAAGCCUUUAACGCGAAGAGGUGAAGAAUUAAACGCUAUCCUCUUUUUUAUUUAAAUAAAAGAAUUUACAUCGUCCUUCUUUAACAAAGCACACUUUUCUUCCUGAAGUGUAAUUUUCAACGAAGACCGACUAAGUAUAUUCCGAGCAACGGAAAUUGGGUCUUGCGAAUUGACCGAAAUUUUGAAGAUUCGAAGUUACGGCUGGUCGUCAACCAAGGAUUCGUAUUGACACCUCGUUCCGGAUUUAAAGCAGCAUGCGGAAAACGAAUGAGCGAGAAUUUCGCGACAUCGGAAUCAAGUUGUCAGCGUGUUGUCAGGCUUGUCACGCGUGAACUUGUCUCAAGCGGUUAUAACAAGCCCGCAGCUUAUUUUCGCGAUUCAAAAGGAAGCAGUAGCAGAAGACGAAGAAGAAGAAGAAGAAGAAGAAGAAGAAAAAGAAAGGCGACGAAGUCGGAACUCUGAAGUUUAAGGCGCGAAAUCCUUCCGUCGGAACCGAAUCGGAUCAACGCCAAGUGGUUAGUAAUUUUCUAUCGAACGAUGGUCGAACCAUUUCCAAAAGGAUGCAGCGUGAAAGAAUAAGAAGAAGAUCAAACAGCGGGUAUCCAAGGGUCGGCCUCUUCUUCAAGAUCCUGAAGGCAGGGGCUUUUUACGUUUACCGCAACCUGACGCACGUGAUAAAAAAUGAAAUAGUGUUCCUGUGACCGAUUCGUAAGAAAUGCCUGCCGCUGCGAUAGAGGAAGUGGUGGAUUCGUUGAAACGGCAAGUUGUUGGUGAAUAUAAUUGGCGGCGAUAAACGUCGAUCGGCAAACUGAGAAGCGGAGGAGGAAUCGAACCGAGGAUUAAGGCGGCGGGGAUGCAGCAGCCGUACUUCGGCGUCGCGACGCUGGGCUUUUCAUGGCCGUCGAGCUUACGCGCGGAUUCAAGGCUGAAUCGGUAUCAGGGAUCCCGCAAUUUGCCUACCAAAUCGUUGACUUGAUGACGCCAGCUUGAGAAUAAGGGGGGGAAAAGCUGAAAGCACAAGGCUCAAGCUCAAGCUUGCGACCACCCGGCGGCAUGUCGCCGGUGGCGGCUUCCGGUUGUUCUCGUUGACGAUUUUCUUCGGAACGGUCAAACCGCGGCAAUAUGACGAGGAACUGCCGCCGAUGCAGCUUCCUAUUCGGGAUUGUCUACGCUAUGAUCGUCACGUCGAGUCACGCCGAGUUGAGCUCGCGUAUCGUUAGGACAAAGUACGGCGAGCUUUCCGGCGUCAUCGUUAACCUCGAACGAUACCUCGAAAGCGUCGAGGUCUUCAGGGGUGUUCCUUACGCCUCGCCACCCAUCGGAUCCCUCCGCUUCAUGCCUCCGGUCAGCGGGGCGCUUUGGCAGGGCGUUAAGAUCGCCGACAAAUUCGGACCCGUUUGUCCCCAGAAGUUACCUGUUUUAUCAGAAAAAAUACCCAGGGGUCGGCUCGAAUAUCUCAGGCGGCUUCUUCCCUAUCUGAAAAACCAGAGCGAGGACUGUCUCUACCUCAACGUUUACGCACCCGUUCAAGCCGGUGCGAGAGAUUCGGGAGGCAGACGUUAUCCCGUAAUUGUCUUCGUUCACGGCGAGAGCUACGAAUGGAGCAGCGGAAAUCCCUAUGACGGUAGCGUUUUGGCAAGCUAUGGAGGUGUCGUCGUCGUGACGAUAAACUACAGACUCGGAAUUCUGGGUUUCCUAAACGCUAAUACAGACGCGCAUCUCAGAUCACCGGCGAAUUACGGACUGAUGGAUCAGAUAGCUGCGCUGCACUGGGUGCAGGAGAAUAUCGGUUACUUUGGCGGCGAUCCGGGAAACGUGACGUUGGUCGGCCACGGAACCGGAGCAGCCUGUGUCAACUUUUUGAUGACGAGUCACGCGGUCCCAGAUGGACUGCUUUUUCAUCGUGGCAUCCUGAUGUCCGGCAGCGCGUUAUCUCCUUGGGCCCUCAUAAGAGGGGCUGCUGGAUACGCGAUGCAAGUCGCCAGGCAUCUCAACUGCUCUGCGAUCGCUGGCGAUCCGCAGGCGUUGCUCAGGUGUUUGAGGGACGUCCCCCUCAACGCACUCUUAUCAACCCCCGUCCAGGGCCUCGCCUUCGCCCCUGCCUUCGGCCCCUCCAUCGAUGGCGUCGUUAUAGACCCCGGUGAUCCCGACGACCAGGAUUUUACCCUCCAAGUAGACACCAUAAACACCCUUAACAAUAUCCUGCUCAGGAAGGACGUAGUCGCCAAAUUGUCGAGGUACGAUCUUAUGGUCGGAGUGGUGAAAUCGGAAGCGUACUUUUAUCUUACGGCCGAAAACGCGCAGUAUGGAAUCGAGGCUGACCGAAGGACUGAGAUACUGAGAGAAUUCGUUCGCAAUACUUACACUUAUCAUCAGCCAGAGAUAUUGGCCACUAUUAUAAACGAGUACACGGACUGGGAGAGGCCGGUUCAACAUCCUGUAAAUAUCAGAGACGAGACCGUUGAAGCCUUGGGAGAUGCAAAUACCGUCGCUCCAGCAACGCGGACUGCGGAUCUUCACAGUCAAACGCACCGGAAUUCCUACCUCUACGUAUUCGACUAUCAAACAAAGUUCGGCGAUUAUCCCCAAAGACAGGGAUGCAUCCACGGAGAAGAGUUGCCCUAUGUUUUUGGGGCACCACUCGUCGGUGGCUUGGCUCACUGGCCGAGAAAUUACACGAGGGCAGAAUUGGCUCUCUCGGAAAGCGUGAUCCUGUAUUUUACGAAUUUCGCACGAACUGGGAAUCCAAACGAGGGAACGCCAGAGCCAGGACCUUCGAAUUCCAGGCCGGAGAGGACGAAAUUAAAAAACAUAGAAUGGACGGCGUACGAAGCGGUUCACAAAAAAUACCUCAAUAUAGACAUUAAGUCCAAGCUCAAGAACCACUACAGAGCCCACAGACUCUCAUUUUGGCUCAACCUGGUCCCUGAUUUGCACAAACCCGGAUCCGACGAUGUUCCUCGGUCUCAUCAUCUCCUCGACGCGGAGCAGGUGCCGCCGAGGAUAAUCCAGCGUUUGCCGACAACGUCGAGGCCGACGACGCAGGAAUCGACAACCGAGAAGAGCCAGAACGCGUCGACGUCGAUGCCGAGCGAGUUGGCCUUCGAGGAGACGACGCCGCAGCCGGAAGACGGUUUCGCGGCUUAUUCGACGGCGCUGAGCGUGACGAUAGCGAUCGGAUGCAGCCUCCUGAUACUGAACGUCCUGAUAUUCGCCGGUGUUUACUACAAACGGGACAAGAAUCAGCACAACUGUCCGAAGAAGCGGACCCAGGAGAACGGGCAGAUGCCGAACAACAUAUGCGGCGAACUGGAAACGAAAACCGAGCGUCACCACAUCCAGCACAUUCCACCCCCCGAGUUCGCCGACCUCCAGAACAACUCCUGCCACGUCCCUAUGCCCCCGCCACCCCCGAAGAACACGAAGCCCGGAAAACCCGCGGGGCCCAAUCUCAUAAUAAGUCCCAACCAGCUACAGCAGGAGAGCAUGGCCAUGGUCGGAAGCGGCGGAACCCUCAAAAAGGGACACAACCACCAACAGAUUAUGGAGGAAUUAAGGGUCUGACUUAGGCGGGAGGAGGAAAUUCAGGCGGACAGGAUCAGGCGGAGGAAGGACAACUGGAACUACCUUUUCCCUUAGAGUAACCGGGUAAUUCUUACUUCUCUCACCGUGGUUUUCUCUCCAACCCCUUCUUCGCCCUACUAAAAGCUCUUGUAUUUUUUUCUUUAUUUAUUUAUUUUUUUUUUUCCUUUCCUUCUUUAUCUUGCCUUUCAUUUUCCUCGUGACGAUUAUCUGUGAUACACGCCAUUCUCCGUAAUCUGAUCUCAGCAGUGCAAUGAUGGAUAGUAAUAACAAUAAUAGUCUUAUAACUCGCUGGAGAACUGAAGCAGUUCGGUUUGGUCUUAUUUCGUACGUUAUCGCUGAUGUAAAAUUUCUCAUAAUCUUCAAACGUUUUUUUUUAAAUCGUUUCAUUUCUGGUCCUGUGAUUAUUUUUAAAACCCGUGGCUAUUCCCUGAUUUUAUGAACACGUUUGUCGUUACUCUAUACGUGUGUUUGUAUAACGGAAACUGUGUUGAACCGAUGAUAUCUUUUUCACAACUGCCAAAGUAAAUAGUAGUAAUAAUAAAUAAAGCAGAUCAAUGCGUACACUCGGUAAUAAUUAUAUUCCUAUAAACAUAGGUACGUUACAUGUAUACACGUAUAUAUAUAAAUAUGAAUAUAUAUAUGUAUGUAUAUAUAAUUUAUUUAUAUAUAAUGAACGAGUGAGAGUGUAAUAUGGUGAAAAAUACUAAUCAAAAGUGUGAUCGAACUUGUUUCGGAUCGUUUCUGAAUUCGAUUCUUAAUUGUGGAAAUAAUAAGUGAUAAAGAAGACUUGAACAUAAAAUAAUAAGAAUUAAUAGUCGUAACAAAAAUAAAGAAUCGAUAAAAUGACAAGUUUAAUCUAUACAAUUCCCGGUAAUGGAAUACGAAUAAAAUUUUUAUCGGAGUGUAUAAAAUAUAUCCACAUUUGGUUCGAAAACUUUGACGAAGCAACGAUUGAUCGUCUUUUCAAUGAACGUUUAUGAAGUGAAGAGGGAUAGGUGAAAUGAAACACAGAAUCUUAUGGAAAAAAAUAAGGUAUAGGUAGAGUAAAAUUGAUAAGGUAAAUUUAAAUACAAUUAUAUGAAUGAUAUAAAUAUACUAUAUAAUAUACAUAUGAAGACGAGUAAAUAUGACGUUGAUAUUGUACGAAUGGUGAAUUAUUAUUUGUGAAAUUAAUGUCAUGAAAGCGACGGUAAAUUUUAACUCGGUUUGAGGUGAAACGAAAAAAAAAAUAAAAAAAUAAAUGGAGCAGUGAAAGAAACAAAAAGACUUUUAACAGCGAUAUUUUAGAUUGAGAAACUUUGUAAAUAUAAUUUACAUAUAUAUAAUAUAUAAAUAUAAUAUAUUAUGUACAUGUAUACGCAUAUUAUGUGACUAAUAACCUUGAAUUUGAAAAUUAUCGUACGAACAAAAAAUCAGGAAGAGAACAAAAAUUUGGGAAUCCUUACCUACCGGUUGUAAUUAGAAUUGAGAGAUUUCGACGAAAAUUAUAAUCAAUGAGAUUAUACGUCGUGGUAAAAAAAUUUAGUCGAUUCAAUUGAUCCUAAGAAGUAAAGAAGUGAAAGGAAAACGAUUGGAUUGUUUAACUUGUACAGAGAACGUGGUUUACGAUUAUUCCAAGUACGCGUUCCAAUUCAUGUGCUCGGCUAUGGGGAUCUUCUAUAAUUCGAAACGUGUCACUUCAAUUUUAUGCUUUACGCAACUAAUAUGCGUAAUUCAUACUAAUAGUGGCAUAAAAAAAAAAAAAAGAAAGAAAAAACCUCGUAGGAAACUAAAACCCAGAACAAGGAACAGAAAAAUUUGUAAAUAACUGAUAUCGAAAUAAAAU